AUGAACGAGGGAGAACGUGGUUUGACGAAAGACAACAAUUCGAUUGGUAAAUUCGAGUUGUCUGGUGUUCCAUCUGCUCCUCUUGGUGUUCCUGAGAUUGAGGUGACAUUCUACAUCGAUGCUAAUGGUAUUCUGAAUGUGUCAGCUACGGACAAGAGUAUUGCUGAGCGGAAAAAGAUAACCAUCACGAAUGAUAGCGGUCGCCUGUCUAAGGACGAUAUUGAGGGCUUGGUGUAUGAACCUGAGAAGUUCAAGGCUGAGGAUAAGAAGUAG